UCGAGUGCAUAGUCAUGCCGAAGCAUCUUAGUCGCAUGAUUUCGCACUUUUCGAUGGACCUGCACCGGGAGCUGCUGAAGUCUAGGAAUGAAAAACCCGAGAACGUCGUCUCUUCGCCGUACGGCAUUGCGGCAAGCCUCUCCAUGACGCUCUUCGGAGCGCGUGGGAACACCGCCGAAGAGCUCUUGGCCGCGCUACAUGCGAAAGACGAAAAAAUUCACGAUCAGUUCGCGUCGUUUUUACCGAAGUUGGUGAGUCAUUCCCACAAGCUGCAAUUCCAAGCCGCCCACAGAAUCUACAGUGACCUGAAGUUUCCAGUCACUGCCGAGUGCGCAGCCUUCCUGAACUCUACAUACUCCUCCACAAUCAUGUCCGUGGACUUCCAGAACAACAGCGAAAACAUUAGAGCCCAGAUCAACGACUGGGUCAAGGAGGCCACCGAGUCUAAGAUAACGAAUCUGCUGGCUCCAGGAAGCGUCGGUCCUUCGACCAGCGUGAUCUUAGUCAACGCCAGCUACUUCAGCGGGCUCUGGGAGUCACCGUUCCCGGCGAAUACGACGUUGCGCCGCGAUUUCCACCUCACCGCCCACACCAAAGUGCAGGUGGACAUGAUGUCCCAGAAGCAAGAUUUCGCGAUCGCUCACAAUGAUGAGCUUGCAGUCAGGGCCAUCGAGAUACCUUACAAAGGCGGCAGAGCGUCCAUGGUCAUACUACUGCCCGAUGCCAUCGAUGGGCUGUCGAAUCUAGAGCGUCACAUAUCGCAUUGCAAGCUGUCUGAUAUCCUGGCAGACUUCAAGGAGACAUCGAACGUCCAACUGAGCAUGCCUAAGCUCUUGCUACAGCAGAGUUUUUCUCUGAAAGACACCUUCCGGGGCAUGGGAGUCAACGACCUGUUCUCGGCCAAGUGCGACCUUUCGGGCAUGUUCAAGAGUGGAAAUCCCUCCGUGUCCGACAUAAUCCACAAGGCGUACCUGCAGGUUGACGAAGAAGGAACGGAGGCUGCAGCGGCCACGGCUGUUACGGGUUGUGGGCCUUGCGACCCAGGAGCGACGCAGACAACGGAGUUCAUAGUUGACCAUCCGUUCAUGUUGUUCGUUUUGAGGAGCAAGUCCGACGUGGUCUUGUUCAUGGGCUCCGUGAGACAUCCGUGAUGCUUCUUUCUUGUGCCAAUUCUCGACUGUCGUCGACUGCGUGCGGCGUUUGCACAUGUUAUUUUACUGGAAAAAUUAAUAAACUGCGAGUUUCCCACGUGUACGUAUG